GGUCCUCCUGCUUUCAGUUCCGUCCUGCAGUCAGUCAGGAUGAGCCGGAGUGGUACGAUCCCGUGUUGGGGGCUUCUCGCAGUUUUCCUUCUAGUUUUGUCGCUGGGAGCCAGCCCCUCCGCGGCCGAUAUCCCCCCUCGUAAUGAGACAGCCCGGGUGGCACGGUACGUGGCUCACAGGUGUGACUGGGGCGCCCUGGCCACCAUCUCCAGCCACGACCCGCUGAGGGGACAGCCCUUCGCGAAUGUCUUCUCGGUGAGUGACGGUCCCCGGGGCCAGAGCAGCGGAGUCCUCUACCUGUACCUGACCACCCUGGAGAUCUCCGUGCAGGACCUGCAGGUGAACUCCAACGCCUCCCUGACCAUGUCUUUGGCGCAGACUCCAUAUUGCAGACAGGAGCAGUACGACCCCCAGAGUCCACUCUGCGCUCACAUUAUACUCUCCGGCAGCGUCCUGAAGGUGGACGCUGCGGAGGCGGACAAAGCGAAGAUGGCGUUGUUCAGCCGCCACCCGGAGAUGGAGAGCUGGCCGCGUGACCACGACUGGUUCUUCGCCAAGCUCAACAUUACGAACAUUUGGGUGCUGGAUUACUUUGGAGGGAUCAAAACCGUGACGCCAGAGGAAUAUUACCAAGCCAAACCCUAGUGAGCGCGAUGUACAAGACCUCACCGCCCGUCUGAUGCAGCGGAGCACCGGAUCCUGGACCUUUUAGUCCUGGUGGCGGCGCGCCUCAUCGCUCUGCCUCAUCUGCUCUACGUGCUCUUCUCUUAAAGGGGUUCUCUACUUUUACGUGCAUGAAGUUUAAUCCUUUCCUCAGUUCUGCAACUUUCAAAAUGACUUAGUGGGAAUUUAUUAAGACCGACGUUUCUGGUGCCAGCUUUAAUCAAAACUUGCAUUGGCAUACCAUGCACCAGAAUGAAUCCUCUUAAAGGGGUUGUGCCAUGAUCGA